UGAAAUGGAUCAAAUUUCCAGUAUAUUUACCAUAGUGUAUACCACACUGCAAAUACCAGAACUGCAUUAAAUUACACGCUUACAAUUAUUCACCACAUGUUUCAUAUUCCUUUUAACGAGAAACAAAAGUCAUGCUAAUGUACAAAUUCGGUUGAACUCCGCUAGACACGAUAUUUUAAAUAGUAAUUAAAUACUACCCCAUAAAACGUUAAAAAAUAAGACUAUACAUAGUUAUUUCGUAUUUCUUCUUAAUAAUAUGGCAAGUUCCUCUCAGACCGAUUUGGUUAACUCUGCAGCAGAGUCUCAGUCAAUUCAGUCAUCUUCUUCAUCAUCAUCGUCUUCACCUCAUGGAUCAGCAUCCUUCCAAGAAGGAGACAAUUCAAUUGCAAAAACGGUGGGAUCGACUGCAGUCGUAGUAAUGUCAGAAAAUCAGCAACCUUACAAAAUGUAUCGAAGACGAUGGAUUGGCAUGUUGGUCAUUAUUUCACUGAAUAUAGCGACCGGCUUCGUUUGGCUUACGUUUAAUUCUGUUUCGAAGAUAUCGGAAAAAUGGUUGAAUGCAAGUUUAACAGAGGUCAACUUAAGUUCAAUGCUUUACUUUGCGGGGUCAAUUGCUACGUCCUCUUUUAGUGGAUAUGUUUUUGAGAAAUGGGGUAUAAAAUUUGCACUCAUUUUGGGAGCAAGUUUAAACGUAGUUGGGUGUACAAUAAGAUAUUUUGGCUCAUUCAUAGAAUCUACAGAGGAUUCUCAUGAGGCAAGACUUACGGUGAUUCUGAUCGGGCAAUUCAUUGCAGCCUGCGCGCAGCCAUUCUUUCUUAACGUAUCUCCAAAAUAUUCAGCCGUGUGGUUUGGUGAUGGAAGCCGAGCAGUUGCUACAACAAUUGGGACAGUAUCCAAUCCUGUUGGUAUUGCUUGUGCAAUGCUUGUGAUCCCCAUGCUUUGCAGUAAUGAAGACGGUGAUGAUAUGCCCCUUACGCUUCUCGUUGUUGGAAUAAUAGCCAUAGCCACGUUGAUUCCUACUUUCUUCAUACCAGUUAAACCACCCACGCCCCCAUCCGCCUCGGCCGAGAUUGCCCUAGCCGAAACAAGGGAGGUUAGCUUCAUGGUAGCGUUAAGGACAUUAUCAACCAAUAUCCAAUUCUGGGUGCUCUUUUUGGCAUUUGCAAUAUCCGUAGCUGUGUUUAACGUCGUCACCUCUCUUAUCAACCAAAUUGUCGAGCCGUACAACUAUUCUGAUGAUGAUGCAGGGAUCUUUGGGGCAUGUUUCAUUGCGGCUGGAAUAGUCGGAGCUGCAGCGUCCGGUGUUUUUGUGGACAGGACGAGAAAGUACAAGGAGGUAUUAAAAAGUGCGGCCCCCCUUCUUGCUGCGGGUUAUGUGGGCUUUCUCUUCGUCGUUCGUGAGGAUUUUUUCCCCUGGAUUUGUCUCGUCUGUGGAUUUCUGGGGUUUAUUUCCUUUGCCCUCUUGCCGGUCGCUCUUGAGUUGGGGGUGGAGACCACCUAUCCUGCCCCCACUUCAGCUUGCACGUCCGUGCUUUGGUUGGGAGGACAGACUUGUGCAGUUGUUUUCCUGCUUGUGGGAGAUUCUUUGAGAGGAAAAUCUCCGUUUAAGGAUGAUCCGGAAGACACAAUGAGCACUGGUCUUAUCUCGAUUGCAUGUGUUUCCACUCUUGUAUGUUUCCUGGCAUUUUUCUUCCAUUCGCCUUAUCACAGGAUGGAAGCUGAGGCUGAAGCUGAGAGAUUAAAGAAAUUGGGAGUAGCAGGAGAUGCCAAUAAUGAUAUUAUGGGGUGAUUAUGGUAGUACCAAUGUUAUAUUAUAUUAUACUCAAUGUAAUAAUAAUGACGACAAUGCAAUUUAUUGUUCUUAAUUAUUUUUGUAAUAAAACUGGAAAAGUUUUUGGAAAAAUUUAAUGCAUGCAAUGAAAACAUUUCCUUUAAAUUUCCAGACUGCAUACAAACACACAGGCAGACAUGCUGUAGAGAUGAACUACAAUUGCUAGCUUCUAAAAUUCCCC